CGGAACCUGGCGUCGGGGCUCGCGUUUCCAGCCGGCGGGACCCGAGCAGUGCACCGAGCCCGCCCGGAUAGUGGCAGACGGACUCGGGUCACCAUGGCAACGCGGCGGGACCGGAGGCUGCUCGUAGCAGGCGUUCUGGUGUGCGGCUUGUGGAAUCUUAGUUCCCCGACCAGGGAUUGAACCCAGGUCCUUGGCAGUGAAAGCACGGAGUCCUAACCACUGGACCGCCAAGGAAUUCCCAAGUCCUUAUUGAUUUUAAGUUUUGCUGCCGACAUGCUGCCCCCGCCCACAGAGCAGGCCCUGAAUGCCCUGCUGGCUCGCAAGGAGGAGGAGUGGCGAGCACUGCAGGCCCAGCACUCCCAGAUGCAGGAGGCAGCCCUGCAGGACGCUCAGCGCCAGCUGGAGGAGGCGCAGGGGAAGCUGCGACGCCUGCGGGAGGACUUCGUCUACAACCUGCAGGUGCUGGAGGAGCGGGACCGGGAGCUGGAGCGCUACGAUGCUGCGUUUGCCCAGGCCCGUGGGCUGGAGGAGGCCAGGCAGGCCGAGGUGAGCGAGCUCAAGAUCGAGGUGGCCAAGCUGAGGCAGGCGCUGGCCGGUGAGGCCCGGCGGGUGGAAGAUCUGCAGCAGCAGUCCCAGCAGAGGCUGCAGGAACACCGCCUGGAGCUGGAGCGGGUCCACAGUGACAGGAACGGUGAGCUGGACCAGCAGCGGGAGCAGUAUGGGAACCUGAAGUGGAAGCUGGAAAGGAGGCUGGAGGAGCUGGACAGCGAACUUGCCCUGCAGCGGCAGGAGCUGCUCCAGGAGUUUGAAUCUGAAAUGCAAAAGCGGGAGCACGCGUUCCGCCUGCAGGCUGACAGCAUGAGCAAUGUGGUCCUAGCACACGAGCUCAAGAUUAAACUGCUGAACAAAGAGCUCGUGGCCCUGAGAGAGGCCGGGGUGAAGGCUGCGGAGUCCCUGCAGAGCGCCGAGGCGGUGAAUGCGGAGCUGGAGGACAGGCUGCAGCGCAGAGACUGGGAGCUCAGGGACCUGGCUGCCGUGAAGGACGCCCGGAUAAAAGACUUAGAGGGUAAACUUCACUCUGUGCAGCUCACCAGGAAAAAAGAAGAGGAGACGUUUAGGAGGAAGCAUGAGGAGCUGGACCGUCUGGCCAGGGAGAGGGACACGGUGCUGAUGGCAGUGAAGAGCGCCCAUGCGGAGCAGCUGCAGGCGGUAGAGGCCAGGGCCCUGGAGCUGCAGGGGCACUGCGACAACCUCGAGGUGCAGCUCCGCAGGGCUGAGUGGAGGCAGGCGGACACCACCAAGGAGAAGGACGCCGCCAUUGACAAACUUCGGGAAGAUGCGUCAGCUCUAAAAUCCCGCUGGGAUGCCCAGAUUGCUCAACUUUCCAAGGAGAUGGUCUCCAAAGACCUUCAGGUUCAGUCGCUGCAGGAAGAAGAGGUGAAGCUGAAGGCACAGCUGGCCAGAUGCCAGCAGGACAUUGGAAGGUACAAGCAGCAGCUGUCUCUGGCCGUAGAGAGGGAGCAGAGCCUGGAGCGUGACAAGGUGCAGUUGGAGCUGGCCUGGCAGCGCCGCUGCGAGGGUGUCGAGCGGGAGCAGUACCAGCGGGCUGAGGACUUGAUUCAGGGCCUGACUGCGGCCAGAGACCAGGUUGCGGCCAAGCUGCAGGAGACAGAGCGGGUGCUGUGUGGCCAGGAGGUGGUGCUGAAGGCCGUGACCCGAGAGAGAGACCAGGCUGUGCAGGCGCUGGGGACACGCGGACUCCACCCUGAGGAGGAGGCGCAGAUGCUUCUAAGGCAUCAAGAAGAAGAAACAAGUAAAAGUUUUCCAUCUACUGUGAUCCAGCAGCUACAAGAGCAGAACACAAGCUUGCGAAAUGUUAUUGCACAAAUGAGGAAAGAAAUGGAAACUCUAAGCGAUCAGAUUCUUCCUUCUGCCCAGUUAGGAGGGAAGACCUCACAAACAAACCAGCCUGACCCAAAGGCAGCCGCUGAUUCAGCUGUACCUGAUUAUGUUCUGGCCCUUGAAGCAGAAAUGCGAACUCUAAAGCAUAAAUUUAAAACAUUGGAGGAACAACUAGAAGACGUGUUAGAUCCUUCGAAGACGACCUCGUCCUGUGCUGGCGUUCAACCCAGUGUCCUGGCCUCCACAGACACCACCGGAGGAGCUGUGCCGGUCGAUGGUCCAUCCACGGGACUGGCGCUCAGGAGGCUUGGAGACAGGGCACAUCUCCUGAGCUUCCUGGUGGCACAGCUCAGACAGAAGAUCUGUUCCAGACCCCUUCCCAGAGCUGGCCGCCUUCCUAACAUUGUCUCUAAAACGGCCUCCCAGGUGCUGCGGGAACCCCUGGACAUGGACACCAUCCAGCGAGAGCUUCCCCACGAGCUGGACCAGGUGCACCUGGAGGUUUUGCAGCUGCGGAAGCAGGUGGCUGAGAUUGAGAAGCAUCUCAGGUCAGCCCGGAAGGAAGGCAGGGAUGCUUCAGGCAGGCAGCAACCGCACGCCUCAGACACCGAGGCUGUCGGGGAAGAGGGCCCGACACAUGGAGGACCCGCAGGGACCGAGGACCAGGAGGCACAGCCCCCUCAGGCCCUGUCUGUGCCCCGACUCCAGAGGAAGCUCAAGGAGGCAGCCAGGAAAAUCCUGCGGCUGCGCCUGGAGAAGGAGCAGCUCCUGGAGCUGGGGAACCGGCUGCGUGCGGAGCUGGGCCACCUCACUGGGAAGCCGCCUCAUCACCCCGUUCCUACCCCUGAGGCCCAGGGCUCAGGUGAGGCACCUGAUGCACGCUUGGGACCGUUGCAACCCCGUCUCACAACUCAGGACUCUAAGAAUGCCAAGAAAGAAUGUUUCUCCGAACGCUCAGGAAAGAGCCAAGCCCGCUUGGCACAGACAGUCUGCAGAAGGGAUGCUGAGCCAGGCUGCAGAGCGGGGCCAGGGCUGAGGCAACACAGAAUCUCCACAGUGACUUGCAGAUCAGCUCCUCAGAAAGAAAACCAGUCCCCAAAGCCACGCCUGGCUCAAGAAUUCCAGGAGGAAAAUGGCCACCACACCCAAAGGUCCUCAUCACCUGCCAGCAGUUCCCUCCAGGACACAUGGAAGUUACUGGACCUGGGAUCCAGCCCUUCUGGCCUCGCCUCCCAGGACGACUCGCCUCCAGAGCACCCAGCACCUCCAGCAGCCUACAGCCUCCAACACCCCAAGGGAAGCCCCGUGGCGCCAUGGGCGGCCUUUGCCGUCGAAGGGAUGAAGAUGAAAGCCCAAGCAAGGGGCAAGCCUGCCAGACACCCCAGGGCUCAUCCUGCAAAACCUAAAGGCUGCCAGCGGCCCCCCAAGAUUCGUAACUACAACUCCAAGGACUGACCUCCUCGAACCACCCCUCC